AUGUCUAAAAGAUCGGCCUCUGACGAUUUGGCUGGCGAAGGCAGCAACUCUGCCAUCAAGACCAGCAAGGAUUCCUUGCCAAAAAGCAACGGUGCUCAAGGAGAAAAUGACAUAGAUAUGGGAGAGUUCGAAGACCCCUAUGGAGAUGACUUUGAAAGUGAUGGAGAAAUCAUAGAAUUGGACGAUAACGAAGACGAAGAUAUGGAUGAAGAGGCUGCUAACAAAAAGAUUGAGGAAUUGGAAAAUGCUGAAGAAGCACAACCGGAACCAACCAUCUACUUACCUCAUAAAUCUAAGCCAUUGGGUCCAGAUGAAGUGUUGGAAGCUGACCCUAGUGUCUAUGAAAUGUUGCACAAUGUCAAUUUGCCAUGGCCAUGUUUGACCGUUGACGUCUUGCCAGACAAGCUCGGUAACGAAAGAAGAACCUACCCAGCUUCUGUGUAUCUUACUACCGCCACUCAAGCAUCUCGUAACAAGGACAAUGAGUUGAUCACCAUGAAAUUAUCUUCUUUAGCGAAGACUUUAGUCAAGGAUGAUGAUGACGAAGACAAUGAUGAAGAUGAAGACGACAACGAUGACUCAGAUCCAAUCAUGGACAGUGAAUCCAUCCCAUUGAAGAACACCACAAACAGAAUCAGAGUUUCGCCUCACUCCCUCGAGACUGGUGAAUAUUUGACUGCUACCAUGUCUGAAAACGGUGAAGCAUACAUUUAUGAUUUGAGCUCUCAAGUCCAAGCAUUUGACACUCCAGGUUACAUGAUCCCAAAAAAUGCCAAGAAGCCAAUCCACACUAUCAGAGCUCACGGCAAUGUCGAAGGCUAUGGUUUGGACUGGUCUCCAUUAAUUAACACCGGUGCUUUAUUGACAGGUGAUUUAUCCGGUAGAAUCCACUUGACCUCCAGAACAACAUCCAACUGGGUCACCGAUAAGACUCCAUUCUUUGCAUCUCAAUCUUCCAUUGAAGACAUUCAAUGGUCCACUGGUGAAAACACUGUCUUCGCCACUGCAGGUUGUGAUGGCUAUGUCCGUAUAUGGGAUACCAGAUCUAAGAAGCACAAGCCUGCUAUUUCCGUCGUUGCCUCCAAGAGUGAUGUCAAUGUCAUCUCAUGGUGCGACAAGAUUAAUCACUUGUUGGCUUCUGGUCAUGAUGAUGGUUCAUGGAGUGUUUGGGAUUUGCGUAACUUCAAUGGCCAAUCUACUCCAACUCCAGUUGCAAACUACGACUUCCAUAAAUCGCCAGUCACCUCCAUUUCUUUUAACCCAUUGGACGAAUCUAUCAUUGCUGUUUCUUCCGAGGAUAACACUGUUACUUUGUGGGAUUUGGCUGUGGAAGCAGAUGACGAAGAAAUUGCAGCUCAAAGAAAAGAAUUACAAGAAUUACAUGAUAUUCCUCCUCAAUUAUUGUUUGUUCACUGGCAAAAGGAUGUCAAGGAUGUCAGAUGGCACAAGCAAAUCCCUGGAUGCUUGGUAUCUACUGGUGGUGAGGGAUUGAACAUUUGGAAGACUAUUUCUGUUUAG